GCGUGCCAUUGUGUUCUCAUUGCUCCUCUCAAACUUUCUCCUACCUUCUUCCUCUUCUCUUAGACAGCCAUCAAUUACCCCUGUUCACGUUUUCUUCUACCAUUUCCAACAACCACUUCUCCAUCUAUCCUUCUCUUCAAUCAUGCCUCGCAGCUUUUGAAUCUUCCUCUACCUAAAAGCUCACACUUAACCUCCUUUUUCCUCUUGUUCGUGCUUGUCCUUGUUCAUCAUUCUCUUUUUACCCGUGCUAAUCAUUCCUUUUGGCCGAUUUAUUACCAAGUACCAACCAGACAUGUACAUGUUGGAGAAGACACUGAGGGAACCCACAUUUCCCAACCACCCUAAAAACCCCUCUUUCUCUUCCAGUCUGCUCGACAAGAUUUACCGUUCCAUCGAAGAAGGCGAGAGGGAGUCCGGCGAUAUGAAGUUCCACAGAGACACAAUGGCGAAGAAACACAGCAGAAGCAGUGAGAAAUGUAACAGAACCGCCGAGGAGGAAGAAAGAGCCAAGGCAAAUCUUCGCCGCGCUUGUUUGAUAGAGAAAUGGAUGGACAAGAAGGUGGGCGAAAAGGUCGGCACCAAGAGGACGCACCAGCCGAUCCACCUGGACACAAAACUGCAUCUUGAGCAUGAUCACGACCAAGAUGUUCUGUUUUUCAGUUCCACUUCAAGUUCUUCUGAUUCCAGUUCUGGAGGAUUCUCUUCAUCUGACACUGAGUCCAUGUACGGAGUGAGAUCGCAAUCCUCGUGCUUCGCGCCACCGAGGCCUAAGCCAGUGAAGACCAGUGUGUCCGUCAGGUCUGACCGAGCAGAGAAGAAAGAUAGAGGACAGAAGCAGAGGGAAGCGCGUGCUUAUGAUGUUCAUGAGGAAGGAUUAAUAAAGAGUAAAUCCAGGGCUCUCAAGAUUUACGAGAAUAUUAAGAAAGCAAAGCAACCAAUUUCUCCAGGUGGAAAGCUCACGAAUUUUCUCAACGCUCUGUUUACACCAGGGAACACAAAGAAAAGCAAGAGCUCGGGAACAUGCUCCGUUGGAGCGUGCGAAGACGUAAACGCUGAGAGGAAAUCCAAGUCAGGUCAAGCUUCAACAUGUUCAUCGGCGUCUUCAUUCUCACGGUCUUGCCUGAGCAAAACCUCGCCUUCUUUGCGUAAAGAUGUUAAGAGAACCGUGCGUUUCUACCCAGUAAGCGUGAUCGUGGAUGAAGACAGUCGACCUUGUGGGCAUAAACGCUUGUACAAAGAAGAAGACACUAGUCUAAUGCCUGUGUCGGUGCCUACCGCCUGGAAAAUUGGAGGGUCCCCAGGUUAUAAGAAGAACAUUGAUGAAGAUCAACUCAAAGUCACAGUCAUGGAGAAGAGCAGGCGAGUGGAAGAAGCUGCCAGAGAGUUCUUGAAAGAGUAUCACCAAAACCAGAGGAAAAGCGAUUUGGUUUUGAGGGACUUUCCCAUUAGGACAAAUGUGGUUGAGGAAGAAGAAGAAGAUGAUGAUGAUGAUGAUGAAGACGACGAUGAUGCAGCAAGCUGUGCAAGUUCGGAUCUUUUCGAGCUUGAUCACUUGGCGGUCAUGGGAGACGCUAGGUACAGUGAGGAGCUUCCGGUGUAUGAGACUACUCAUGUUAGUACAAAUCGCGCCAUUGCUAGUGGCCUCAUAAUGUAGUGGUUCUGUUCAGUAGGAGCAUAUUAUAACCUAUACACGACGAUUUUAAAUUUUGUUUCCAGUGUUCUUGUGAAGUGUGAAUUCUAAUCAAAGGUUUGAUUCUGAGAUGAUCCAUAUAAA